UCUUUUACUGAAGCAAAGUUAAUUAGGAAAGCAUUCUUGCCUUUUCUUACCGAUUAGCUGCAAACUCUCUCCAAAAAUAUUAUUUAUAUUUCCCACCUUUCACUCCGCAACGCAUGCCAGCUGGAUUAGUUUAAUGAUGUUUCAUUUUAAAACCAGGAGGCUCGUUUUUCUCGUGUUCCAUAGUUUGCUAUGUUUGCUGCCUGAUCCUGGGACCUGUAUAACUAUUAGCCAGCUUUUCCCUUAUGGACAACAACAAGAAGACUUUGAGCUGCCGAUUGGAGAUGAUAGGUCCGAUCCCCUCACUCUUGGAGAACCACUCCACUUCUAUGAUAGCACCGUGUAUACUGUCUAUAUUAACACAAAUGGAAUUAUUGCAACCAGUGAACCUACAAAUGAAGAUGAAUAUCUUGAAAAUUUUCCUCCAGAUUUUGGAGUGAUUGCUCCAUUUUUCUCAGACCUCGAUACAAAUGAAUUUGGAAAUAUUUAUUACAGGGAAGAUUCGUCCCAAGACAUUCUAGACUUGGUAUCAAAACAUAUCAGCAGAGCGUUUCCUGGAUCCACAUUUACUCCUAAAAGUGCUGUAAUCAUCACAUGGGAUAAAGUGGCAUCAUACAGUAUACAGAGAGGAGACACUCUUCCAGAAGACAAGAAAAAUACGUUUCAGGCUGUCCUAGCCUCUGAUGAUUCCAAGUCCUAUGCUAUUUUCCUGUAUCCAGAGGAUGGAUUGAGCUUCUUUGGAACACAAUCCAAAAAGUCUUAUGACAUAGAAAUCUCAGCCAGAGUUGCCUUUAGCAAAGCCGUGCAACCAUUUUUUCUUUGGUUUAGUAAGAGGCCUUACAAUGAAUUUGCAAAUGAUAAAGCAACUGUGGAAAGGUUACCCAGGGAUAGCAAUUCAGGGAUGCAAGGAGUUUGGGUCUACGAAAUAGGUAGUCCUUAUCUUGUGGCUCCUGAUAUAGCAGCUCCUAUUGACCCUUCUGAAGCGGAAAAUCCUCAAGUCCCUUUGCAGCCUGAGGAAGGUUAUUUCCCUUAUUCGAUUCCUGAAAAUGUGCCUAUUACUGUGACUCCUGAUGAGGUCUAUCCACAUGAACAAUUGGAUGUGGACUUAGACACCUUCAGAUAUGAAAUACCUGAUGCCAAUCGAGAGGUAGUGCAUGUAGAUGAAAACAUUGGUGACACUGGAAUUGUGUUCCGAUAUAACACUGGCAAUGAGCAAACAUGUGCCAACAACCGCAAUCAAUGCUCCAUCUAUGCAUUGUGUAGAGAUUUUUCAACUGGAUAUUGCUGUAGCUGUAAUACUGGCUACUAUGGAAAUGGAAGGCAAUGUGUAUCAGAAGGAUCUGCUCAGCGUGUAAAUGGCAAAGUGAAAGGAAGAAUCUUUGUAGGCGACAAUCCACAAUUAUUUGCGUUUGACAACAUUGACCUACAUUCUUACGUUGUGGUUAAUGAUGGACGAGCUUACACAGCAAUCAGCACGAUAGCUGACACUACGGGAUACUCUCUGCUGCCACUUGUUCCUAUUGGAGGAGUGAUAGGCUGGAUGUUUGCACUGCAACAGCCAGGGUAUAAGAAUGGGUUCAGCAUUACGGGUGGAGAAUUUAAAAGAACUACAGAAGUUACUUUCUUGCAAAGCAACAAGAAAUUAGUGAUCACGCAGCAGUUUAAUGGAAUAGAUGAGCAUGGCCAUCUCACAAUCAGUACUGAACUCGAAGGCAGCAUUCCAGAAAUACCAUCUGGAUCCGUGGUCCACAUCGAACCAUACACAGAGCUUUAUCAAACAGCCAGCAAUGUUAUCACAUCAAUAUCCACUAGGGAGUACACAGUGGAGCAGCCAGGUGGGACCUCAGAAACUUUAACCUAUCAGUGGAAACAGACAAUCACAUUCCAAGAAUGUUCUCAUGAUACCACUGUUCUGGCUAUUCCUGCCAUACAACAGCUUUCAGUGGAUCGCAUUUUUGUGUUGUUCAAUAACAAUGAGAAAAUUCUCAGAUACGCUUCCAGCAAUUCCAUUGGUUCAAUUAGUGAGAGUCCUGUGGAUACAAAUCGGAAUCCAUGUUACAUUGGCACUCAUAGCUGUGAUACAAAUGCCUUGUGUCGUCCAGGCCAAGGAAACCAGUUCACAUGUGAAUGCUCACCUGGCUUCCGGGGAGAAGGAAGAGUAUGCUAUGAUAUUGAUGAAUGCCAGGAGCAACCAAACAUCUGUGGGAGCAACACAAUCUGCAACAAUCACCCAGGAACAUUCCGAUGUGAGUGCGCUGAUGGAUAUCAGUUUUUGUCCGAUGGAAAAACAUGCUCACCUGUAGAUCUUCCUAAAAACCACUGCUUGGCCGGAACACACAACUGUGACAUAGAAGAGCGUGCUCGCUGCAUAUACACAGGAAGCUCUUCAUACAUAUGUAGCUGCCUGCCAGGAUUUAUAGGUGACGGACAUUCCUGUGUAGAUGUUGAUGAAUGUCAGACCAACAAUUGCCAUGCAGAUGCUGCGUGCUAUAAUACCCCAGGAUCUUUCUCAUGUGUAUGUAAGCCAGGAUAUCGUGGGAAUGGAGCAGAGUGCUUUCCUGGAGAGUCAGAGAAAAGUAAAUGUCAGCUGCACCAAGAAAGUAUACUGUCUACCUUUCCAAGGGGUCCCCGACCAUUAGGACAAUUUAUUCCACAGUGUGAUGAAAAUGGCAACUAUAGCCCCAGACAAUGCCAUGCUAGUAGUGGGCAUUGCUGGUGCGUGGACAGAAAUGGGAAUGAAUUAAAUGGAACCAGAGUAGACCCUGGAGUGAUACCACCAUGUCUUGAAACAGUUACUCCUCCUCCUCCUCCUGUUGGGCCCACUCCAAGACCAGAUGUGUUUCCUCUGCCAUCGGGAACACAUUUGCUUUUUGCCCAAAGUGGGAAGAUUGAACAUGUUCCGUUAGAGGGAAACAAUAUGAAGAAAACUGAUGCCAAAGCUUUACUUCAUAUCCCAGAUAAAGUCAUAAUAGGUGUUGCCUAUGAUUGUGUUGACAAAAUUGUGUACUGGACUGACAUUAGUGGACCUUCCAUCAGCAGAGCCAGUAUAAAUGGUGGUGAACCAACAGCAGUUAUCAAAACAGACCUAGGAAGUCCUGAAGGAAUAACUGUUGACCAUCUGGGUCGAAAUAUCUUCUGGACUGAUUCUGUACUAAAUAGGAUUGAAGUCUCCAAACUGGAUGGAAGUAACCGUCGGGUAUUAUUUGAUACUGAUCUUGAAAACCCUAGAGGAAUUGUUGCAGAUGCUGCAAAAGGAAAUCUUUAUUGGACUGACUGGAACAGAUUUGCCCCUAAGAUUGAGACAUCCUACUUAGAUGGAACCAACAGAAGAAUUCUGGUAAAGGAUGAUCUUGGGCUACCUAAUGGACUUACUAUUGACCCAUACUCAUCCAUGCUUUGCUGGGUUGAUGCAGGAACCAAGAGAGUGGAGUGUAUGAAUCCUAGUCAGCCUGGUCGACGAAAGAUUGUUGAAGGCAUCCAGUAUCCCUUUGGUAUAACAAGUUAUGGGAAGAAUUUAUAUUACACAGAUUGGAAGAGAGAUGCAGUUAUAGCUGUUGAUCGGACUAUAUCCAAAGAGAAUGAUAAUUUCCACCCUCACAAAAGAUCUCGUCUCUAUGGCAUUACGACUGCCUAUUCCCAGUGUCCUCAAGGACAAAACUACUGUGCUCUAAACAAUGGAGGCUGCACUCACCUUUGUUUGGCAACUCCUGGUGGCCGAUCUUGCCUGUGUCCUGAAAAUACGAUUGGCGUUGAUUGUAUAGAAAGAACUUAAGAGUGUCUACCCAAUGCUAUUUCAGACUCCUAUACACUUCACAGAGGAGGCUUGAGUCUAAGUACAAUCAAAGAAUAUGGUAAAAUUAUAGGGCUAGCUCAAAUGUUCUUAAGCUUUUUUUUAUUAGGAUUUUGGGUCACAAAACAAUUCAACAAAAUAUGGGACAUUUGAAAAGUACACUAAAAACCAGACACUGUGACAAUCCUUUUUAAACUUUUUUUUAUGUUAAAUAUUUUGCUGGUGCAAGCAUAAUUAAUUUUAUUGGGUUAGUACUGACUUAAUAAAUAUUUAAACUACAA